AUGAAGGAUGCAUAUAUUGUAUCUGCUGUCCGUACACCAAUUGGAUCUUUUAGAUCUUCUCUAGGAGCUGUGUCUGCUCCUGAACUGGGAAGUAUUGCUAUUAAGGGAGCUCUCGACAAAGCAAAUGUUAAUCCAAAGGAGGUUCAAGAAGUUUUUAUGGGACAAGUUUGUCAAGCUGGUGUAGGUCAAGCUCCAGCAAGGCAAGCUUCUUUGAAAGCUGGUUUGGAUAAAUCUACAGCUGUUACAACUAUUAAUAAAGUUUGUUCUUCCGGAUUGAAAGCUAUUAUGAUUGGAGCUCAACAAAUUGAGACUGGUCAUCAAGAUGUUGUUAUAGCUGGAGGUAUGGAAUCUAUGUCAAAUGUUCCUUUUUAUAUGAAAAGAGGAGAUAUUGGAUAUGGUGGUUUUCAAGUUUAUGAUGGUAUUGUGUAUGAUGGUUUAACAGAUGCUUAUGACAAUAUUCAUAUGGGUCUUUGUGGUGAGAAAACAGCUACUGACUUAGGUAUUAGUAGAGAACAACAAGAUGAAUAUGCUAUAAAUUCGUACAAGAGAGCUACAGAAGCUUGGAAAAACGGUGUGUUUAAAGAUGAAGUUGUUCCGGUAACUAUUAAAGAUAAAAAAGGUGAUAAAGUUGUUAAUGAAGAUGAAGAAUAUAAAAAAAUUAACUUUGAUAAAUUAAAAACAUUAAGAACUGUUUUUAAAAAGGAAGGAACAGUUACUGCUGCUAAUGCUUCAAAACUUAAUGAUGGUGCAUCCGCUGUUUUAAUGGUGUCAGAAGAUAAACUUAAAUCAUUGAACAUUAAACCUUUAGCAAAAAUAGUAGCUUAUGGUGAUGCUGCUACUAAUCCAAUAGAUUUCUCAGUAGCACCGGGUAUGGUUAUACCAAAAAUGUUAAAAAAAGCUGGUUUAUCACUUAAAGAUAUUGCACUUUUUGAGUUGAAUGAAGCAUUUAGUUUAGUACCUUUAGCUAGUAUCAAGGAAUUAAAUUUAGAUCCAUCUAAAGUUAAUGUACAUGGUGGAGCUGUUUCAUUAGGACAUCCUAUAGGUAUGUCUGGUGCACGUAUUUUGACACAUCUUGUUCAUUCAUUAAACAAAGGUGAAUAUGGUGUUGCUGCUAUUUGCAAUGGUGGAGGCGGUGCUUCUGGAAUGAUUAUUCAGAAAUUGUAG